UACACCUCCUCCAUAACCUACUCUUGGUUGCACAUAAAACUACAAAAAUGGCGCGCAACUCAGAAAAAGCCCAGUCGAUGCUCUUCCGCUUCCGCGAAGCCCAAGCUGCGGACCUAGGCAUCAUCGACGCAGGCCGCACGCGGCGCCCCCGGGCCAUCACCGAGCAGGACAGCAUCCCCGCGUGCGAGCGAUGGCGCGGCCAGGUGCUCAAGGAGAUCUCGCGCAAGGUCUCGCGCAUCCAGGACCCGGCCCUCAGCGACUACCAGGUGCGCGACGUCAACGACGAGCUCAACAGACUGAUGCGCGAGAAGCACGCCUGGGAGGUCCAGAUCCGGAACCUGGGCGGACCCAACUAUAUGCGCGGCGGGAGCGGCGGCGGCGGGGGGCGGUCGGCCAUGUACGAUGAGCAGGGGCGCGAGGUGCCUGGGGUUGGGAACAGGGGGUACAAGUACUUUGGGCGGGCGCGAGAGCUUCCCGGGGUCAAAGAGAUGUUUGAGGCCGCAGCGAGGGGCCGGGCGGAUGCAGACGGGGACAAGAAGAAGAGGGCGGGGCUAGAGGCGAGGGACGAUAUAAGGAGGGCCGUGAACGCGGCAUAUUUCGCCUUGGCGCCCGGCGAGGAGGACGAGGAGCUUCUUGCGUACGAAGAGGAGAAGGAGACGGCGGCCUUUGAGAACCUGGCGAGAAACGGGUCCAAGGAAGUCCCGCCGGACUGGGAGCCGCUGCCGGGCGACGCGGGCGACGGGAAACCGUGGCAACUGCCCACCACCGAGGAUGUUCAAGAGGAGCUGAUAGACCGGAGGAGGAGGAGGCUGCUCGCGCAGUUCUGA